AUGGUCGUCUCCCUCAGUCUCGACGCCGCCGCUGCCGAUGCCUCCCUACGCAGACAAGUCGCCGCGCUCACUUCCGCCGUCAUUAAAUCGAAACGCAUCGUCGUCGUGACCGGUGCUGGCAUCUCGUGCUCGUGUGGAAUCCCAGAUUUCCGAUCAUCCGAUGGAUUGUACAAUCUCGUCAAGCAACAAUACCCUGACGUCGUUAUGAAGGGUCGCGACCUUUUCGAUGCCUCGUUAUUCCGCGACCCGACAUCGACAUCCGUCUUUUAUACCUUCAUCUCCCAACUCAAACAAUCCGUCGACGCCGCUUCUCCCUCACCUACCCACACCUUUCUCAAAACGCUAGACACGAAGAAGAAGCUCCUUCGGUCGUACACACAAAACAUCGAUGGGUUCGAGGAGCGUGCCGGCCUGCUCGGUAGCUCGAGCGAUGACGCGCGGGCAGCGACUAGCAAAGGCAAGUCGAAGCUCAAGACGAAGGACGUGCGAAACGUGCAGCUACAUGGCGACAUCCACCGCGUGCGCUGUACGUUCUGUUCUGCCGACCUUCCGUGCACGAAGGAGUACCUCCGACUCUUCAACGAAGGCAUCGCGCCUGACUGUCCCGAAUGCAAUGCACGCUCGGAAGCACGAGUCGCGCGGUCUGCUCGGGCGCUCAAGGUCGGAACUCUCCGUCCUGCUAUCGUCCUCUACGACGAACCACACCCGCUCGGGGACGACAUCGGAACCAUCCAGACCGGUGACCUCGCCAAGCGGCCCGAUCUGCUCAUCGUCAUGGGCACUUCGCUCAAAGUCCACGGGCUCAAGAAGCUCGUCAAGGAGUUCGCGCGGACUGUCCACGCGGGUGCGCCCUCCCCUCCUGCUGCUGCUGCUGGCACCGGCCCUGCUGCUUCGUCGUCGAAGUCGACGUCGACGCCAAGGAUGUCGCAUAAGGUGAUAUUUGUGAACAAGACGGCGCCGGGGAGCGAGUGGAAUGGGAUUAUCGAUUAUCAUGUGGAGGGGACGACGGAUGAGUGGGUGGAGAGGGUGGUAGAGCAGUGGAGGAGGGAUAGGCCGGAGGACUGGGAGGUGCAGACAACGUUGGAUGGGCCGGCGGCCUCGGGGGUAGUAGUGGGUGAGGAGGGACAAAAAUUUAAGGUGACGAAAGGGAAAACGAAGGGGAAGAGUGCGUUCGCUGUCUAUCGUGUCUCUCAUCUCGCUUUUUCCUGA